UAUACUGUCACUUGUCAGAAUUGUUGAAAUUGACAGUUGACACGUCAUGGCCACAAAGCACAUCAGCUGGAGUGUAGUCUUUUAAAUUUUAUCUUGUUUUGUUUAUUAAUAACAUAAAAAUAUCGGAAACAUGGAUGAAAGCAACAUACCAAUUGAUAUAAACAUUGGCAAACUACAAGAUUGGUUGAUAAGCCGUCGUCAUGUAAAUAAAGAAUGGCAGAAGAGCAUUAUUCCAGUGCGGGAGAAGAUUAAUAAUGCAAUACAAGACAUGCCAGCGCACGACGACAUAGCUGCUUUACUCUCUGGCAGCUAUAUAAACUACUUUCAUUGUUUGAAAAUCAUAGACAUUCUCAAAGAAACCGAGGCUGACACUAAGAACCUCUUUGGAAGAUACGGCUCUCAGAGGAUGAAAGAUUGGCAGGAUGUGGUGAGGAAUUAUGAGAAGGAUAAUCUGUAUUUAGCUGAGGCAGCACAGAUGCUUGUUAGAAACAUUCACUAUGAGAUACCGGGGCUCAAGAAACAGAUUGCGAAGGAGGAGCAGGUGCAAGCUGAAUGUGAAAAGAAACACUUAGACUACUUAAAGAAUGUAGCGUCCAGCAAGUCUGAGUUUUUGCAGCUUUGCAAACAGCUCGGCAUUCAGGGAGACAAGAUCAAGAGGGAGUUAGUGGAUAGACUGAAAGAGCUGCCUGAAAUAUAUGAUAAGAUAGGAAAAUCUCUAAAACCUUUACAACCAGGAUUCCAACUUUACUCAGCAUUCACAAAGUAUAUUCUAGAAGAUAAAGCCAUGGAGGUGUUACCGUUACUACAGUAUGUGGUGGAACAUGGCAACACUACGGUUUACGAGUGGAGUUACGGCGAACCGCCUCUCAGUGUGGAACCGGAUCCAAUACAUAUAGAGUUUGAAGAUGAAGACCAGGGUGCGGGUGAUCAGAUAGAUUUUGGUGACAAUAGCCGUCUCGAUAUCGCUGCUAUCGACGUGGUGGCUCCCGCUGCUGAAAUAGACUUUGGCGAUGGUGACGCGAUUGGUGAGAUUGAUUGGGGACACGACGACAGCGAGACGCCAGGAGAAAUUGAUCUGUCUGUGGUAAUAGCGGGGGUAUCGCUAGAGGAGUCCGGCAUAGUGGUAGAGGAGCAGGGCGUGGGAGGGGGAGUGGCGCGGGGAAAGGACGCGUUAACCUUACUGGACAAUCCCACCACAAGGAACUUAAUCAUUGACCAGCUUGUGGAGUUGGAAUCAUUCCUAAAAAUGCGUUUAUAUGAAGAGAACACAGCGGCUGAGAGCCACAGCUUCAGUCUUCUACAGCAACUACCAACAGAGAGCGUGGCGGCGUUGACCGGUAUGCUGGAUGCGGUGCAGGUCGCCACUGGCAAGCUCACUGCUCCGGAGAUCAACCACCUGCACAAUGUGAAGCACUCGCCUAGGUACGUGGACGUGCUGACGGGGCAGCUGAAGCAGAAGCUGGUGUUGUGCGAGAAGCUGUCGCAGCUGGCGGAGCGCGCGGCCGAGCAGCGCGCGGCGGCCGAGGGGCGCGCCGCCGGCCUGCGCCCCGCGCUCGCCACGCUGCACCACCGCACCAAGGAGCUGCAGGCCAAUAUCGAGAAUGAUAUUUCGAAGAAGUACAAAGGAAGACCCGUCAACAUUAUCGGUGGUGUUAAGUUCUUAUAGAUUUAAAUUAUACUAUGAUUUACUUGAGAUCUUUAGUCAUAAAUAAUAUGUUACAGGAGAAUAAUUAUCGCAAAAAAAUUUCAAGUUUACAUCAAUGGCUCAUGAAAAAUGGGCAGAAAAAAUUGGAUAUAGGUAUCUCGUGUAUAUAUUUUUAUAUUUAUACCGUUAAAUGAAUAUAAGUAUUCAUCCAAAA